AUGCGUACAGAAAUUAUCGUAUGCCAAAGAUGUUGUAUUUGUAUACCUUUGCGGUAUGGUUUGAUCGUUUGGGCGUAUGCCAGACUGGUUCUGGCCGGUUCAGUAUUGUUUGGCAUGUCCUUCACUUUAAACCGAGCUGUACAUAAUGAAAGGCCGGACAGGACAACUGACUUAGUAAUUUCAAGUUUGAUUAUAAUUUUAGUGAGCGCAGAUAUUAUACUGGGUGUCAUAUUUAUCAUUGGAUGUCAUACGAAAAAUCCCGUGUUAAUAAAGAAGUAUUAUUAUCAUAAUCUAUGCCUAUUGGCACUGUUAAUACCCUUUUGCUUAUAUAUUUGCGGUUACUCUACAUAUUUUCUGAUCAAAUACAAAAUACCGUUUGUGCGCUUAGCGGUGUAUAUAUUAGGAGACAUAAUUGGAUGUUUCACAUAUAUUGUUAUACAAGUUUAUGUGAUAUUCCUAAUAAGAAGUCAGUUCAUCAAACUUAAUAGUGGAUGUCAAUUUAGAUUUGAAAAUAAAGUUGCUGAGGCUGCGUGUUCUCUGAGUAUUGAAGACAUGACAGGCGAAAAUAAUACAGACUACACAAAAACAAGACUGAAUGACGAUGACGACAUAGGAAAUUUUCCUGAAAGAUUGAGUAGAUUCAAAAAAAUAUAA